CCGACAUCGCUUUUUUUCUUUUUUUUUUUAUACUUUCACUCUCAAAAAGCAAGAAAACAUAAUACAAAUCAUGGCUAGUUCGAAAUCAAAAUCCACUGGCGCAAACACCGCAAAAUCAGGUCGUGUCCAAAAGAAGACUCCUACUAAAACAUCUGCCAAAACAUCGACAGGUUCAGCAUCAACAUCGGAAGGAUCAGCAGUUGCAUCAGCAUCAGCAUUAGGAGGAUCAGCCUUAUAUUCAGGAAAGGCAAAAGGUGUCACCAAGCUGCCUGCUGCAAGAGUCAAAAGGAUUAUUAAAGAAGAUAAAGAUGUACAGAUGGUCAGCAAUGAUGCUGUAUUCUUGAUCAGCAUGGCUACCGAAUUCUUUUUGGAAAGCUUUACGAAAAAGGCCUUUAAUUUAGCGAGGAUUGGGAAACGGAAAACAGUAUCAUACAUGGAUCUUGCGACGGCAGUAACACAGCACGACUCGCUCGAAUUUCUGCAAGAUGUUGUGCCAAAGACUAUGACAUUAACUGCAGCGCUGGAAAAGCAACGUCUUGCAAAAGAAAAGGAUGAGAGUGGUCCGAUCGAAGAUGAUGAAGAAGGAGAAGGUGAAGGCGAUCAUAUUAAUUCGGAUCAGGAAAAUGAGCGUUCAGGAUCUGAAGGACCCAACUCAAGUAGACCGAUCUCUGAUGAUGAAGAGCUAUCCGCACCAGAGGACAUGGAUGAAGACUAAACAGGC